CGAUGGUGAAGAAGUUGCCACAGUUGUGGGACCUAUCAUUAGGAUUGUUUCUAUUCUUCUUUAAGAGAGGUUUGGCCAUUUUCUUUAAAUACAGCCAUCCUAGUAAACCAUUAUACACACAUAACAUGUAAAUGUCCAAUCAUCUGCACAUGUGUCAUCAUCUUUAAGAAAAAAGAGAGACAAAACAAAAGGUCCUGACUCCUGAUAUAGUAAAAGCCGAGAAAUUUGUCAUUUUUUUUGGUAUUGGCUUCAGGUAAAAUACUUACAGAACAACAGUUCACACACUCUCUUUUUAUUGGGUUUCCUUCACUAUUCAGCAACACUUUCAAUCUCAGCCAGAAAUUAUUACACAUUUAUAACUUGCAUAUAGUUUGUAAUCUUCAAGGGCUAGUGGGUAUAGUACUCUAGACUUUAGUAUUCUGGUGAUUAGUGUGGUUUCUUCUUUUCUAUAUUGUUUUCCCACUAACCUGCUAUAAUGUGCAACUGGAGAGUGUGUAUGGCUAUGAAACAUGUAUUGUUUCUAAUGGAUUCUCCAAUUAUGAACCAUAAUGAUACAUAGCAAUCUUUGCAAGACACCAUUAUUUCACAUUAUGAGACGGGAAGAAAACUGAGAUCUCUAGAAACUUUUUCCCCAUGUUUUUAUUAAUUAUUGCGAUCCCCAUAUAAAUUUCAAAAUGCAAAAAAGCUAAUCAUUGUCGUGAUUUUCAUGAUUAAUCAACAAAUCAUUAUGACCGAACAAAAGAUAACACUAACACAUGAUGUUAAACUAACGAUCAUGUACAAUCCAUUGUGUAUGUUAAUAUAAUUAAUUGCAGAUUCUUUUUGCUACAGUGUUCUUUUUUUGGUCUUCUUUCAUUUCCAUGUUAGUUUACACUCUUCCUACAUCCUUAUAAUUCAUUUUAAUUGCACAAACAAAAGAAAAAGUUGCCUUUUUUAAAAUCAUGAUAUUAGAGCAAAUCUGGUUAGUGAGAAUACAUAAAAGCCCAGAUUAGUGGCAUUGAUUGCGUUGAGCUCAAUUGCUGAUGGGAAUAAUUGUUACGUUAUUUGACGUUUGAUAAAAGGUUCCCUGAUAUAUAUUUGAUGGCUUUCAUGAAGUAAAUACCAGCGCAUUAAAUAAUGAAAUACUGUACGCGGGACUCUUUUCCACACAUGAACGAGAAUUUGUACAUACACACGCUUCAACACAUACGUGCUUGGUUAGCAUCGAACUCAUCCUGUUGGUCUGACAUGGUUAUUUUUACGUCUAGUUUAAGUAACACUUUGAAAAUUAUACGAUUAAUAUUAUUUAUAUAUACUCCAUAACUUAAUAUUCUAUCACACACGAUGAAACUGACAAAAUAAUACUUGCAGACACAAAAAAAAAAAGAAAGAGACAAAACAACAAAUGAGAUUGAUGGCGUGAGAUUGCUUUUUCGCUUUUUUCUGCUUUUGCUGGGCUCUUUAGGUUGGAAUCUUUGAAAAUCCAAUGCACAUCUUUACUUAUAUUUGAGUGUAUAUAAUACGAGGAGUGAAUAGUUUAUACUAUUAUUUUCUACCCGAGUUAGAUAUCUCACAUCUCUAUAUGACAUAUGUGUUAUCUCAUAUCUCUAUGGCCAAACCCAAGACGUUAAAUGGAUGAAACAAGCGUGUACUUUGGUAGCUGUAGAUAAAGAGACGACAUCAAAAAAAGAAGAAGAAAAACAAAAGAUCCAAAUACAAUGUUUUAGGAUUAGAAAACGCGAGCUAAUCUUUAAUAUCCAUAUAGGAUGUUACAUUUGACGUGUAGAAAUGACUAUACAUACCAUACUUCCAUGGAAGAAAUCAUCAAAAAACUAUACUAGCCCAAAAGAGUCGAUAGGUAGAUAGGUACUGUACAACAAUAUACAUAGUUCAACGUCGUAUAUGUACGUUGUUUAGCUUAGCCGACAGAUAGAAAGACAGUCUAGAAAACUCGUUUGUCAAGGUAAAUAAUCUAUCACUCACUGAUCACCCUUUGAUAUUUGACAUUAUAUACUGUACAUUAUUUUUUUAAAAAGGUUCAGAAUGCAAGUGAACCUUCUUUUUUCAACUAAUUAACAACGAUUUGCACAGAUUUUAUCUGACACCUGCACAAUCCAAAAUUUCCAGGCCCAUUGCAACUUUCAAUUCAAUCUAUUUAUUUAAUUUUUUUUUAAAGGAAAAAAAAGAUUUAGUAUAAUACAAAUAAUUAUAUAAUUUCCAUCUCUCGUCAUCUCCUUUCUCUUUCAAUGUCCGUUGAUAACAGACGAAUGCUUCAGACAAGAGAGUAAAAGAAGGAGGAUCAUUCAUCGUCGUUUUGUCUCAUGAAUCCCUCCACCGACCAAGUCCCCGUCGCCGCAGAGGAACUAGCUCCGCCGUCUCAACCGCAUCGCCUAUCCACAUCCUGCGAUGCUCACCCAGACGAGCGUUUUUCCGGUUUCUGCCCUUCGUGUCUCUGCGAACGUCUCUCGGUCUUAGAUCACAACGGCGCUCCGCCGCAGCCGUCGUCAUCUUCCCGGAAACCACCCACCAUCUCCACCGCAGCAUUGAAAGCUCUCUUCAAGCCCUCCAGUGGUAACAACAACAACAACGCCAGUGGAAACGGCCGGGUGCGAGGAGGUUUCUUCCCGGAGCUCCGGCGAAGCAAAUCGUUUUCAGCAAAGAACAACGAGGGAUUGUCCGGAGGGUUAGAGCCGCAGCGUCGGUCUUGCGACGUGAGGCUUCGUGAAGAAAACAGAAACCUUUCCACGAAAGAAGAGGAGGCUAGGAAGUCUAGCGUGAGUGAGGCAGUUGUGGAGGUGACUGAGGAAGAAAAUGGAAGCCAGUCUGAGAUUGUGAAUGAAAUUAUAGAGGAAAAAAGCGUUGAGGAGGAGGAGAAGCCAAUGAAGGAGUACAUGGAUCUGUAUCCGCCGACAAAGAAGCCCUCCUUGGCCGGUAGCUUCUUUUCGGCGGCCUCUGUUUUCAGCAAGAAGCUCCAGAAAUGGAGGCACAAGCACAAGAUCAAGAAGCCACGUGGCAGCCAAGUACAGUUGCCGGUUGAGAAGGCGAACAGAGGACAGCCUAGGGAUACGCAGUCGGAGAUCGCCGAUUACGGAUUCGGCCGGAGAUCUAGCGACACUGACCCUAGAUUCUCCCUCGACGCCGGUCGCAUUUCGGUGGACGAGCCAAGAGCGUCGUGGGAUGGGCAUUUGAUCGGCAGGACGGCGUUACCGCCGACGGCUAGGGUUCCUCCACCGCCGUCGAUGCUAUCAGUCGUGGAGAACGCGGCGCCAAUGCAGAAUCCUGUUGUGGAAGGAGAAUCCGACCCGAUAAUCAUAAUCCCAGGUGGAACGAGCCAAACCCGAGACUACUACACGGAAGCUCCGUCGAGGAGGCGGAAGAGCCUCGACAGAUCCAAUUCAAUUAAAAAAGCAGUGGAGGUCAAAUCGGUGGUGUCGUCGAAUUCGAGGGUUUCUCCGGCAGAGUCAUACUCCGUGGAGAAUCAGCAUGCUGAUAAGAAAUCUUCCAGACGAUGGGCAAAAUGGAGCAUGUUUGGUUUUAUCUACAGGAAAGGUGUUAGCAAGGACGAGGAAGAUGAUAGCUAUAGCCGUUCCAACAGCACCGGAAUGGUGGAGAGAUCUUUCUCCCAAUCAUGGCCGGAGCUGAGGAACGAAGGAGGAGGAGUAGGACCCAAGAUGAGGAGGAGUAACAGCAAUGUGAGCUGGAGGAGCUCCGGGGGAGGAUCGUCCAGGAAUAAUAAGAGUUGGAGGAAUUCUUCCAAGGAUGCAGACAACGGAAUGUUGAGGUUUUAUUUGACACCGAGUUGGAGGAAUGGCGGCAGUGGUGGCAGUGGCUGGGAGAAGACUGCGGCCAGGGCAAAUAGUCACGGUCACUCUAUAGCCAGGAGAGUCAUGAGGCUCUAUUGACCACCUGACAAUUUCCCUCUUCAUUUUUAUUUUUAAGUAUUGAGCUUAUUAUAUGUAUUCUGAGUUCUAGACCGAUGAUUCCUAUUCCAGAAUAACCCUUUGGAACCCAGUCCACCCACAGAAAUUAAGCUGCUGCUUCAUUAGUA